CUAGGCCCGGGCAACGGUGAGGGGAGGAGGAGGAGACAGGCGAGCUGGAGAGGAGCUCGCGCCGGCCGCGGACGGGUCUCUCGCUUCUCCCGCCGCCUGAGGAGGCGGAGAAGAAAAGCAGCCGCGGCGGGAGAGGAAGCUUCUUGCUCCGCUGCCGAGGCUGCUAUGAGGCGGCGAUAGGAGGGAGCCUCUGAGGCAGCAAGCAAGAAGGCGGCGGGGUUUGGUGGCGGUCCUCCGCCCAUCAGGAGGAGAGGGGGAGGCGGACGAGGCAGCGGAGCCACGGCGCAGCUCUGACGGCCGGGGGGCGGCCAUGAUGAAGUGAGCCACUCGCCGCCUUCCUGAAGCCGCGGAAAAACAGGGGCGACCAAGGAGGGGGACGCGAGAACAUGGCCAAUGACAGCGGUGGGAGUGGCGGCGGCGGGGCCGGCCAAGGCGGUGGAUGCGACGGCAGCGGCAAUAGCAGCACCAGCCAAGAACGGGACCGGCAGUACUGCGAGUUGUGCGGGAAGAUGGAGAACCUGCUCCGCUGCGGGCGCUGCCGCAGUUCCUUCUACUGUAGCAAAGAGCAUCAGCGCCAGGACUGGAAGAAGCACAAGCUCAUCUGUCGGGGAAGCGGCAGCGGCGCCAUGGCGGCGGGAGGGGGCGCUGCUGAGCCUCGAAAGCCCGGCUGCGGCGUGGGCGACGGCAACCAGCUCUUCCAUCAGGGUGCUCGCCACAGCCGUCUGCAUGCCGCAGGACGGGACGGUGAGGAGAGAGCGGCGGCGGCGGCCGCCACCAAGAAACCAACAGCGGUCCCCACCAAGCCCCACCCGGACACCAAUUCGGAGGAGAACGUGGUGGUAACAAACAACCACGUUGCCAAAGUGGCGCCAGGGGCCCGACCACAGGAAGAGGAGGACAAGGAAGAGGCGGUAGCCGGGGCAGGUCCGGCCGGGGAGGCGGGGCACUUCUACCGGGAUAAAUCCAAUUUGACUGGCGAAGCAUCCCUACGUCCCAAUGGGCAGAUGAAGUCGCUGGUGCCUCAGCGCCUGGCGCUGGAGUACAUCGUGCCCUGCAUGAACAAGCAUGGCAUCUUCGUGGUGGAUGAGUUCCUGGGAAAGGAGCUGGGCGGGCAGAUCGAGCAGGAGGUGCGUGCUUUGCACCACACUGGACGCUUCACCGACGGGCAGCUGGUCAGCCAGAAGAGCGAUUCCUCCAGGGACAUUCGUGGCGAUAAAAUCACCUGGGUGGAAGGCAAAGAGCCUGGCUGCAAAACCAUCGGAAAGCUUAUGAACAGUAUGGACGAUCUUAUACGCCACUGCAAUGGCAAACUGGGUAACUACAAAAUCAACGGCAGGACGAAAGCAAUGGUAGCUUGUUACCCAGGCAAUGGAACAGGAUAUGUGCGUCAUGUGGAUAAUCCAAAUGGAGAUGGAAGAUGUGUCACAUGUAUAUAUUACCUUAAUAAAGACUGGGAUGCCAAGGUAAGUGGAGGUAUUCUUCGAAUAUUUCCAGAAGGCAAAGCCCAGUUUGCUGAUAUUGAACCUAAAUUUGAUAGACUGCUGUUCUUCUGGUCUGAUCGCCGCAACCCUCAUGAAGUGCAGCCUGCAUUUGCUACAAGGUACGCAAUAACAGUGUGGUAUUUUGAUGCAGAUGAAAGAGCCCGUGCAAAAGUAAAAUACUUAACAGGUGAAAAAGGUGUGAGGGUUGAACUAAAUAAACCUUCUGAUUCAAAUGGGAAAGAACAUUUGUAAAGCCUUUGAUCUACAGUUCCAUCCUCUACAUCCUGGCUCUUUUCACCUCACCUUCAUCAAACUUUGGCGAUAUCUAUUAACUUUUGAAUGUGAAUAAUAAGAAAAAGAAAAUCUACACCAAAUCAAGAUUUUGAAUCAGUAAACAAUGGGUUUCAGUGUUGCAUCAAAUGGCUUUUUAACUGCUGAAGCAUUGUACUCCAUGAUUGUGACUCCAGUCCUGUGACUGCUAAUGUAAAGAUAAGCAUUGACAAGAAACAGUUUACACAUGAAGUGCCCGACAUUAGAGGUUUUCUAUCAUUCAUAUUUUGACAUUCAGUCAUCCAGCUCAGUGCUGUUCAUCUUCCUCUUAAAAAAAGUGAUAAAUGUUGAGUUUAAAUAAUUUUGUAUAACUAGAUUCAGGUGAUCAAAAGUGAACAAAACAAACAUUCUCCAAAGUAGCAUUUAAUCUAUUUUUGUAAAUCUGCUAUUCACCCGAUUAUUCUACCACAUAGAACUUAAUUUAAAUAAAAAUUGCCAGUAAAUGAUUGUCUUUUCACCUAAAGUCCAAUAAGGAGCACUUUAAUCACCAUCUAAGAACCCAUUUUUUCAUAUACUGAUUUGAUUGAUUGUAUUGUGUUCUUUCUGAAAUUUAAACAACAUGAAACAGAUGCCUGUCUUUCUGUCAGUUACUUAAGUCUAUGGCUUUACUUACUAAAUCUGGAAAGCAACCAUUUUUAAUCUGUCUCAUUUGGGUUUUCUAAGUGACUGGCUGGCCACUAAGUGAACUUGACACUAUCUGUACUGUCAUAGUGUUGAACACUAUGGGUAUACUCCACUGGGAACCUCAUCUGUGAACCCAUUUGAUGGAAAUGCAGUUAUUCAAAGAAAAGCUCUGCUCUUGUGCAACUUCUGCAGAUGGAUUACUAGGUGGAUUCUGUCCACAAAUACCAUUCAAUCCCUAAACUGUAAGGGCUCUUCUAGGCUUUUAGAUGUACCAACACCCUUUCUACUACCUUGAUGGGAGAUCUGACUUAACUCAUUUCAAAGCUUUCUCUCAUUACAUGUAAGUUAAUGCAAAUUGAAAUCAGAGAUGAAGUUUUCUCUCAGAGCGUUAGUAUCCCUCCUCAUUUACUGUUUAGCCCCUUGAUCCUCUUACAUAGUGUCAAGGGUAUAUCAAAUACAUUAAGACUGAAGUGCAUCACUGCAGGCUUAAUAUGUAAAGGAUUUCAUACUGUGGAGAAAUUUUUACAAUGGUCUGAUGUUUCUGAAAAAAAAGUAGUGAGGAACAAUGAAGUUCAUUCACCAGCUGUGUAAAAUUUAUUUUAGUUUUCUGCUGAAAUGUAAUUCCCCAGAAGGGGAAAGCUUUUACAUUUUCCCAGCCUUACAAAUAGCAUCACCAAUCCCUUUUUGCCUCACUUAAUCAAAAUAAAGUGAGUGUACAGAAAUAUUUCUCAGUGUACAACUUAGCAUCUGUAUAGUUUAUAUUCUUAAGAGUCCUUUUCUAUGGAAAGCUCAGUAAUUUUUAUUAAAAAAAAACCUUACUAUUCAUGUAAAACAUGAAAAAACAAGAAUUGUGCUUAAUGACCAUUGACAGAAGGGGGAAAAUUCAAUAUUAUGAUAGCAUCCUGGGGAAAGUUACAAAAAAAAACUGGGUUUUUUGUUCCCUUCUGUUCCCUUCUCCAAAAUUUACUUAUUAGCUGUCAAAACUUCUAAUAGUUCGGCUUUUCUCUUCAUCCUGGUAAAUCAGAAGAAAACACAUCUACUCUUAAGUGCCUCUGCAAGCCUGGCCAAGGAGUGUCAAUUCUUUACUGACUGGUCUGCAGCGCAAUGCCCAGUUUAGGCCUAGCAAACCUAAUUUUUAACUGCUUUUGUAUUAUGUUUAAUGUGUUAAAAAUGCAAACCUAAGACUAUACUUUUUUGUCCCUUUAUUCAAAGGUAGCAUCUUAUAUUUGUGCUUGCUGGGGAGAUACACAAUCUCUUGGAUAUCUCCAUUAUUUACAAAAGUUAACAAACUGGGCCUCUGAUGCCCAUUUAAAAACAGUUCAUGUCAGUUAAAUUUUCAGCCUGGGGCAUCACCAAACAGAAACCUGUUUCAGACUAUUUUUAAACUGUCUUAUGGCCUGCAUAUCUGUUUAGUCCUGGUUAAAGAUAAAGCUUCAUGAUGCUAUUUUUAUUUCAUGACAUUAGCCAGCUGUAAAACAAGACUUUUAUCUAGCAGGCAAAGAAAUUCAGGAUUCAUUUGCAGAUUUAUUAUAAAGUCAUGUAACUUUUGAAAAUCAGUGUUCCUUACUGAAAGAGCUCUCAAGUUGCUUGUAAAGCUAAUCUAAUUAAAAGAUUAUAAAAGUU